UCUUUGGGUGGCUUUCAUGUUCGCAGGGGAAUUCCUUUAGAGCUCGUUUCUGAGGAAGUGAACAAAGCCAAAUCUGUGUCUCAAACUCCAAGGACUAUGAACGAGAUGCCUGCAGGCGAAGAAUAAUGUGAAUAUAACGAAGAAGGUCAAUAUGACCGUAAAGGAGGUGGACUGUUAGGAAAAAAAAAAAAAAAAAAAAUUCCUGGCUGCCUUUGGGAGGACUUUAAGAUACACAGCAUAGGUGAAAAGGGUGAUUCACCAGUUCAUUUCUGUGACAAAUGUGAUCUGCCUGUUAAAAUCAAUGGGUGAAUGAUUCCGUGCAAGCAUGCUUUUUCCUAUCACUGUGCUAAUUUAUGCAGAGAUAAAAUGUGUCCAACCUAUAGUUGUCCUGUGCUGAGAAUUGAGGCACAUACACGAGGUUUUAUCUUCAUGUGUGGCACUCUUCAGGGAUGCAAGAAAACAUAUUUGUCUCAAAGAGACUUACAGGUUCAUAUCAACAACCGCCAUAAGAUGGCUGGAAAAUUUACCUGUGCUUCACUUGAAAAAAUUUAUCCUUGUAUUGCUUUACCAACAACUGAAAGCUCUGAAAUCCCUGAAAUGCUGCUAGACAAGGACCAUAUAAGCCAUAUUCCACCAGAGCAGCCCACCGUGAUGCCACCACCUCCUGUGCAACAUGUACCACACAAGCAUAGUUAGCCAUGUGUGGAUAUUCGUGAGCCUCCAGCAGAAUUGUCUCCACUUCCAUCUCCUUCGUUUAUUGAAGAUCAAGAAACUCUGAGCCCUCCAUUUACACAAACAGGUGGAUUAAGUCUUGGUAUAUGGCCUGUAUUGAAAGGACUGCCACCUCAUCCACCAAUACAGGGCCCAACUUCUUCAUCCCUAUUUCCUGGAUCACAUUAUUUAGAUCAGACAAGAUAUAGAGUAUAUCAACAAUGA